AUGGCUCAAGAACAACUGCGCGUCCUUGUGGUCGGCAACGGUGGACGCGAACAUGCGUAUGCCUGGAAGCUGAGCCAAUCGCCCCGCGUCGAUAUCGUCUACGUCGCUCCAGGCAAUGGCGGUACUGCUCAGGGCGCCUCCAGCAAGAUUACCAACGCCAACGUUAAGGGAGACGAUUACCCUGGCCUUGUCGAGUUUGCGCAGAAAAAUGGUGUCAACUUGGUCGUUCCUGGGCCUGAGGCACCCCUUGUGGACGGCAUUCAAGGCUAUUUCCAGGCAGUCGGAAUUAGAUGCUUUGGGCCUUCCAAGGCUGCAGCCCGCAUGGAGGGAUCCAAGACCUUCUCCAAGGACUUCAUGAAGCGUCACAACAUCCCCACCGCCGCAUACCAGAACUUUUACGAAUAUGAGCCCGCACGUCAGUACCUUGACUCUGUGAACCACAACGUUGUCAUCAAGGCAGAUGGGUUGGCAGCUGGUAAAGGUGUCAUUAUCCCUCAGACUAAGGAGGAGGCCCACAAAGCGCUCCGCGAAAUGAUGCUGGAUCAUCAGUUUGGAGACGCUGGUAAUGAGGUUGUUAUCGAGGAGUAUCUUGAGGGUGAUGAACUCAGUAUCCUCACCUUCAGCGACGGCUAUACGAUUCGCUCCCUCCCUCCUGCACAGGAUCACAAGCGGAUCUUCGAUGGUGACCAGGGUCCUAACACUGGCGGAAUGGGCUGCUAUGCUCCAACUCCCAUCUCAUCGAAGGAGGUUCUGGAGGAGAUCGACCGCACCAUUGUGCAGCCAACAGUUGACGGCAUGAGAAAGGAUGGUUUCCCCUUUGUGGGCAUCCUCUUCACCGGUCUCAUGAUGACCAAGGACGGCCCUAAAGUCCUUGAAUACAAUGUCCGUGGCGGAGACCCGGAAACCCAGACCUUGCUCCCGUUGCUCAGCGACGAUACCGACCUGGCCCAGAUCAUGGUUGCUUGCACUGAACACUGGCUUGACGGUGUGGACAUCAAGAUCAAACCCGACUUCUCCACCACUGUCAUUGCCGUAGCGGGUGGUUACCCCGGCUCCUACGCUAAGGGCAAGGCAAUCACUCUGGAUCCGGCACCUGAAGACACAUUGAUCUUCCAUGCCGGCACGAAACUCUCCGGCAACGAACUGCAGACCAACGGUGGCCGUGUUAUUGCUUCCACCGCUACUGCAUCCACUCUCGAGGAAGCACUCCGCAAGAGUUACGCUGGCAUUUCGACAAUUCACUUUGAAGACAUGUUCUACCGCAAGGAUAUUGCGCACCGUGCCUUCAGACAGAGAGACGCAGCUGCUUCCCAGCAGCAGCAGGCUCUCACCUAUGCCUCUGCUGGUGUGUCCAUCGACGCUGGCAAUGAUCUCGUCAAUAAGAUCAAGAGCUGUGUCGCUCGUACGAAGCGCCCUGGCACGGACGCUGUGAUUGGUGGCUUCGGAGGUCUCUUCUCCCUUGCGGCCGCCAACUCUGCAUACCACCCUGAAUCUCCUACUCUGAUCGGAGCGAUUGAUGGCGUCGGAACCAAGUUGAAGAUUGCCCACACUGUGGGUGUGCACGACACCGUAGGAAUCGAUCUGGUGGCCAUGAACGUCAAUGACUUGGUUGUCCAGGGUGCCGAGCCCCUCUUCUUCCUUGACUGUUACUCUUGCGGCAAGCUGGACGUCGAGACCGCUGCCGCCUUCGUGACCGGCGUCGCGGACGGUUGCGUGCAGGCGGGCUGUGCCUUGAUCGGUGGUGAAACUGCCGAGAUGCCAGGUCUCUUCGUCGACGAGACCUACGACGCCGUUGGUGCCGCCGUCGGUGCCAUCAACACCACCGGUAAGAACGCCAAGUCCAUCCUGCCGGCCACCUCUGCCAUGCAAGCCGGUGAUGUCCUGCUCGCAUUGGCGUCCUCUGGCCCCCACUCCAACGGAUACUCGUUGGUCCGUAAGAUCGUUGAGAGAUCCGGACUGAGCUACAACGACCCUGCCCCCUUCACCAUGCCUUUCUCUUCCUCCGAAUCUCUGACCAUGGGCCGCGCCCUCCUCACCCCUACCCGCAUCUACGUCAAGCCCAUCCUGAAGGCUCUGUCAAUCCCGCCCUCCAACGGCGCCAGCGGUUCCUCCGCCAUCAAGGGUCUCGCCCACAUCACCGGUGGCGGUCUGGUCGAGAACGUGCCCCGCAUGCUUCCUUCGACCCUCUCGGCACACAUCAAUGUCUCCGCCUGGCAACUGCCCCCCGUCUUCUCCUGGCUCAAGAAAAACGGCAACGUGACCGCCACCGAGAUGGCGCGCGCCUUCAACUGCGGUGUCGGCAUGGUCAUCGUGGUCGAGAAGGGAUCCGAGGCCGCCGUCAAAGAACUCUUCGAGAAGGAGGGUGAAGUCGUCUACCAAGUCGGUGAACUCAAGCCCCGCCAGGACGGCGAGGAAGGCUGUGUACUCGAGGGUUUACAGACCUGGGAUGCUUGA